ACAAACUCAAGGAACAUCGCGUUAUAUAUUUACGUCACGUGACAAUCACAUGGGGUGCUGUCAAAAUGGCAGAUAGACAAGAACGCAAACCAUUACUGUCUUCGAGUGAUGACGAUGGGGGUAAAGAAUAUGAUGAAUAUAGUGUCGGCAAGGCCAAAACUAAGCAUGGUUUCAACAGCCACCUGGCCUUGGCCAUCGCAGCCAUCACCUUGGGUUCAUCCUUCCAGUUUGGCUACAACCUAGGAGUAGUCAACUCUCCAGAACUGAUUAUAAAGGAUUUCUACAAUGAAACCUACUUUAAUCGGCAUGGGGAAUACAUGCAGCCAUCACUGAAGACCCUGCUGUGGUCCAUCACUGUUGCCAUAUAUGCAGUCGGUGGCAUGAUUGGCGGUGUCAGUGCUGGAUAUUUGGCCAACAGAUAUGGCAGGAAAGGGGCUCUGCUGAGGAACAACGUUACUGCAGUGAUAGCUGGUGGACUGCUGGGUUUCUCCAAGAUGGCCAAGUCCUACGAAAUGCUCAUUGUGGGUCGAGUUAUCUCCGGAAUAAAUUCAGGAAUCAACACUGGCAUUGUUCCCAUGUACCUGUCUGAGAUUGCACCAAUAUCCCAGCGUGGGCUGGCAGGCACAUUCAAUCAGUUGGCACUCACAAUCGGAGUGUUUGUGUCUCAACUACUGGGGAUGGAAUUCAUCCUUGGUUCACGAUCAUUAUGGCCAAUAUGUCUAGCUCUGACCUGCGGACCUGUGGUGUUCCAGCUGUUGACACUGACCUUUUGUCCCGAGAGUCCCCGUUUCCUGAUGCUGGCUCGGGAGGAUACAGAGGGUGCCAAGAAAGCGCUGAUGUGGCUGAGGAAGUCAUAUGACGUAGAGGAUGAAAUUGAAGAGAUGAAUUUUGAAAAAGCUGCUGAAGAGAAACAUUCUGAUUUCAAGAUAUCACAUCUGUUUCUCCACAAUGAGCUCCGCAUCCCACUUAUCAUCAGCGUUGUCCUCCAGCUGUCACAACAGUUCUCAGGAAUUAACGCUGUGAUAUACUACUCAACGAGUAUAUACAGAUCAGCUGGUCUGUCUGCGCAAAACUCCCAGUUUGCUACCCUGGGAUCGUCCAUGGUGAAUGUAUUGAUGACGCUUGUGUCAGCCCUGCUCAUCGACAGGGCAGGGAGGCGCAUCCUGCUUCUGCUGGGGUUGGGAGGGAUGUUCAUCUUCACCGUCGUCAUCACUGUGGCUCUUGAGUUUAAGGACCAAGCGUCAUGGCUGUCCUACUUGUCUAUAGUGGCCAUCAUCUGUUACAUCACCUUCUUUGCAAUCGGACCAGGGCCCGUUCCCUGGCUGAUCGUGGCAGAGUUGUUCGCCCAGGGUCCAAGGUCAGCAGCUGUCAGUACUGCAACGCUCGUCAACUGGUCGGCCAACUGUGUUGUGGGUCUGGUAUUCCCCACACUGCAGAAAUCCAUUGGUAUGUAUUCAUUUGUACCGUUCGCCAUCAUGCUGUUGCUAUUCUUCCUGUUCGCGAUGUUCAAAUUACCGGAGACGAAAGGAAAGACGAUUGACGAGAUCACACACCUGUUCAAAGCCAACACAGAAUAGAUGCACGUCAGUGUAUGUGGAUGUAAUGCCACCUGAUAUGGACGAGGAUCAAUACAUUUAAACCUCAGGUGUCAUAUUUUGUCGUUUUGGAGGUUAUAUUUUUCUUAGGUAAACCUCCUUUCAGGGUCAUAUACAAUGUCCCUGGGACAUUCUAUACAAUACUCCAUACUUGGCCCUGAAAGUAGAUUUUCACGAAAUGAAUGUUUUCUUUCUGGAUAAAAAGGUCAAGUAGAGACAGUGGUUUUAUUUCUUUCAAUGACAUUUUAAGAAAUAUUGAAUUGAAGAUGACUGUCGGCUUCAUCGUAGAUUUCGUGGAUCCCAUGUCGUUUCCUGAAUCGGCAGUUGUCUUUUCUGUAUCCGUAGCUGCCAUAGUUUUAAUUUCACUCAUCAAACGUUUUGGCGCUGAGGUAAGGAUAUCAGGCCCUUGGGUUCUCCCUCGCCCUCAUGUUUACAUUUUCAACCAAAACCUCGGGAUCAUGUUAUAUCCUUUACAGAAAGAAUGCUAAUGUGUCGGCGUAGUUUUAGUUUGAAUGAUGUGGAUUUUGGAAGGUAUGUUUUAUGCGUGUGAAUGUAUUUGCACUGCAGCAAUACAAGAUUUAUAUGAUAUACAUCUCUUCUUUUGAAGAUGGGGCGGUGGGGUAGCCUCGUGGUUAAAGCAUUGGCUCGUCACACCGCAGACCCGGGUUCGAAUGCCCCAUGGGUACAAUGUGUGAAGCCCAUUUCUUGUGUUCUCCACCGUGAUGUUGCUGGAAUAUUGCUAAAAGUGGCGUAAAACCAAAGUCAGUCAGUCUUUUGAAGAGUGUCUGCUGGCUUGUGACAAAAAUACCAAACAUCUAGACGUACAGACAGACAUGAUGAGCAUGUGACUGCCUGAUCCUUAGUUUUGUUGGUUGUUAAGACAACAGGUGCAUGGGACAUAAUCUGACCAAGAAUCCUUCUUUCUGAGACUGAAUGGAAUUACAACAAGAACAAGAUUUUGUGAAAGUAUUAAAACUUGAGCCUUGAUUAAUGAUAUGUCAGCUGUGUACUCCUAAAACAUAGAAAAUGUUCAUUGCAUGUUAAUAUUGAGCAAGUUGGGAGUUCCAGACUGAGCUGAAGUUAUUUUAAUAUGGAAAGGGUUUUUGUAGAUUGGAAGUAAUGUGAUAUUUUAGUCUUGUUUAAAUUACACUUUUUACCAGUUUUACCAUAAAAGGAUAGUGCUGCUAAAAACGAAUCCUGAAUGCCAGGUAACUUUUCGCUCUGUAUUGUAUUAACACUCCUGUAUUCUCAAAACAACUUAACACAUAUCACAAAUGCAUAUAUUGGAAUAUACUUUAUAAAGGCAGAAUAACGAUCGCAGAUGAAAACCAAUACAAUGUUAUAAAGUCAUAAAAAGGCUUGAUUUUACUUAAAUUGAGUGAGUUUAGCUUUGUGUCGCACUCAGCAAUAUUCCAGCUAUAUGGCAGCGGUCUGACCAGACAAUCCAGUGAUCGACAGCACGAGCAUUGAUCUGCGCAAUUGGGAAACGAUAACAUGUGUCAACCAAGCCAGCGAUCCUUACCACCUGAUCCCGUUACUCGCCUCUUAUGACAAGCAUGGGUUACUGACAACCUUCACGGGUUACUUAAACUGAGAAAGCAAGGAAAACGUUAAAACAUGUAAAGGAGUUUUAUAUGUUUCUUUUAUAUGUUUAUAUCUAUCCACCACACUUAUAAAUCCAGAAUACCUGAAUUCUGUGUACCAAAAGGGGGUGGGCAGCCAUUAUAAUGAAGUCCUUUGGUAUUCCUCAUGGUGGGAAUCAAACUCAAAACAUGUACCUGUGAAGCAGAACCACUUACCACUGGUGGGUGCGGUGAUUCCCCCAACCAUUGGACUUCAUGAUUUAUGUGCACCUUCCCCCUUCUCCAAAAUCCUAGAUCCGCCCCUUUUGCUGAUUUGUAUCCCAACUGCAUAGAUUGAUGCUCAUGAUAUUGAUCACUGGAUUGUCUGGUCCAGACACAUUUAUUUACAGAUUGCACCAUAUUGUAGGAAUAUUGCUGAGUUUGGCAUUAAAGAAAAAACAAACAGUGACCACACAAUUCUGUGUAAAUUGCUGAUGAUUGAUACUGGUGGGAAUGAGAGUGAACAAUGUGAUUCAGUUCAGUCUUAUUGUACCUUGUACCCAACAUCAUUUGGGAUUUUCUUCAAGAUGUGGGGCAGUGGGUAGCCUAAUAGUUAAAGCAUUUGCUCGUCAUGCCGAAGGCCCGGGUUUGAUUCCCCACAUGGGUACAUUGUGCAAAGCCCAUUUCUGAUGUCGCCCGCUGUGAUAUUGCUGGAAUAUUGGUAAAAGCGGUGUAAACCCAACACUCACUCACUCAUUCUUCAAGAUGCCAUGACACAACUGAACUGAAAUAUGUUUCAAAACGGUGUCAAACUCACUCAAGUUCCAUGUUUCUGAUCAUGUAUACAUCAUGGGCCAACUAUAGGGAAAUGACUUACUCCUUGUGAUAAUUGUUACUGUUUUAGAAAAAUUGGACUGACCUUUGAAUGACCUUGUGCAAUCAGAUCUGUUGAUUAUGUAUACAUUGUAUAUUCUCUUUGUGUAGUCCCAAUAUGUCCAGCCUUCAGUGGCUCAUGAUCUAUACCCCCUUUUUUAUAUGUACUGUUAUCUCUAGUGAUUUAUUUUUAUUACUAGUUUUAAAUUAAGAGAUGUGAUAAUCUAGUAUUUUUACUGUCCAAUGAUGACAGGUUUUUGCGUACCAAAUUUAUUAAUUUUGAUAUUGAUAUAAAUUAAAUUGUUCUCGUCACUCACUCUCUAUUAGUUUUACAUAUACAUCUGUAUAACUGUGACAUUCUAGUUGUUUUACUGUCCUUUGCAGACAGGUAAAUAUAUUAUCUAAAUUUGUUUUUAUUUAUUUAUAAAUUCACAACAUUCUUAGUCACCAUAUGGCUGAAUCUACGUAAUCCUUUAUGGAGCAGGGUGCUGAAUGUGGCAACUAGAAAUUACAAUUGUGGCCUGAAUGGAAAGGUGUUAAUUCACCAGGCUACAAAUGGCUGAUCAUGAACAUUUGUUCACCUGUGUAAUCUGAAUCAUGUCAAACACAGAUUUCUCUGAAUGCCAUCUUGCCAUUGUCAAAGAAAACAUGUUGGCAAUAUACAUGUUGAAGUGUAAACAAAUCACACAGUUAUAUUUUAAUGAAAGAUAAUUGUAAACAACUACUUUAUGUUGAUAUUGCAAAUAAAAGAUUUUUGUAUAA